UGUGGGUUAAUCCCUCAAAACAAGAGUAAAACUUUAACCGACUGAGCCGCUUACCGCUUUGCAUAAAUAAUCCACCCAAAGAGCCGGCAAAACUAGGAGACGUUUGGUCCGCGAGGAAUGAACAAGGGGGCCAAGUGGGGUGCCGUCCCUUUGGGACAGAGACAAGCGAAGCGACGACUUGUUGGGUUUGUCUUCCUACACAGUUGCUGAAACGCAAGAGUCUCGAGGCUCGGGCAAGUGCGUGGCACAGUCCCAAAUGGGCACCGAAUUGGGCUUCCUGGGGUGACAAUCUGAGCCCUUUCUGACCCUUAAACAAUCCCGCUGUCCGGCUGAAUUGGUAAAUUUAAGACACUCCCUUUUGCAGAACCAUCUGUUUAUCCCCACAACUCGGCGGAGAUUCGUGUCCAAAAAAGUGGCCGGCUUUUGAGUCUCGGCGUCCUUCUUUUCCACCUCUUUUAGGACCAGAGUUGAGUUCUUCUCCAGAUUAGCCAGGAAGGGGAGCUCCCUUUUGGGCCCAGACCUGUCUUGACCGCGUGUGACCCCCAUCCAAGGGCACCAUGACUUUUGCCGAAUUUCUUCAGCAAGUCGGAGGCAUGGGUCGCUUCCAGGUGAUCCACACGGCACUCCUGACCAUCCCCAUCGUCUUGAUGGCCAGCCACAACCUGCUCCAGAACUUCACGGGUGCCAUCCCGGAGCACCGGUGCCAGCUCCGUAUUGCAACCAACGGCACUGGGUACCCAAAUACCACCCGGUUGCUCAAUCCCGGUGAUCUGGUGCGGGCCGGCAUUCCGCUCGACAGCAAGCAGCGGCCGGAGAGAUGCCAGCGCUUUGUGGAGGCUCAGUGGCACCUCCUGGACCCCAACCUCACUGAGACCAACCGGACGGAAUGGGACACCGAGCCCUGUGCCGACGGAUGGGUCUACGACCAGAGCAUGUACACCUCCACCAUCAUUACGGAGUGGGAUCUAGUGUGCGACCGCCGGAAACUUCGGGAGAUGGCCCAAUCCAUCUACAUGGCUGGUGUGCUGGUUGGGGCACUGGUUCUUGGAGGCCUGGCGGACAAGUUUGGCCGCAAGGCGCUCACCAUUUGGUCCUUCCUGCAAAUCGCCGUGACGGGGACCUGUGCAGCCUUUUCGCCCAACUUCCUCUCCUACUGCAUAUUCCGGUGCCUGAGUGGGAUGGCGCUCUCUGGGUUCGGCCUGAGCAUCGCCUGCCUGAUUGUGGAGUGGAUUCCCACCCAGUUCCGGACCAUCACCAUUGCGGUCACUGGCUUUGUUUAUACACUGGGACAGAUCCUUCUUGCUGGCUUGUCCUAUGGCAUCCCGGACUGGCGUUGGCUGCAGUUUGCUGUUUCCGCACCCUUCUUCUUCUUCCUCCUUUACUCCUGGUGGUUUGCAGAAUCCGCUCGGUGGCUCAUCCUCUCCGGAAAAACAGGGAAGGCGGUCAAUGUCCUCCAAAGGGUCGCCCGGAUCAACGGCAAGCAGGAGGCCGGAGCUGGCAUCACGGCAGAGAUCCUGCUAUUGAACAUGGAGAAAGAGCUGGCGGUCACCAAGGCCUCCUACACCAUCUCUGACUUGGUGCGCACCCCAACCAUCAGGCGCAUUUUCUGUUGCCUCUCCGUGGUGUGGUUUUCGGUGAGCUUUUCCUACUAUGGUCUGGCGAUGGACCUGCAGAACUUUGGGGUCAGCAUCUACCUGAUCCAGGUGAUCUUUGGGGCCGUUGACUUCCCCGCCAAGGUGGUUGUGACCAUCACCAUGAGCUACAUCGGCCGGCGGUUCAGUCUCUCCUCCUUCCUCAUCUUAGCCGGCCUCAUCAUCAUCAUCAAUAUAUUCGUGCCCACCGAGCUUCAAACAGUCCGGACAGCGCUGGCCGUCAUUGGGAAAGGAUGCUUAUCAGCUGCCUUCAACUGCACCUUCUUGUUCACGACGGAACUCUACCCAACACCUGUCAGGCAGACUGGGCUGGGUUUCGGUAGCACCAUGGCCCGGGUAGGAGGCAUCGUAGCCCCGCUGGCCAAGAUGAUGGAGGACUACUAUUUCCACCUGCCGCCCAUCGUCUAUGGGGCCGUGCCUAUCUUGUCGGGCAUGGUGGCCUGCUUCCUUCCCGAGACCCUGAACAUCCCGCUCCCGGAUACCAUCGAGGAUGUGGAGAACAGAGCCAGAAAGAAGAACAAGGAAGAAUUUGCCCAGGAGAAAAUCCUGCUCCAAACCCAGGACAAGGUGCUUUUCAGAGAGGCCUGCUGAUAUAUUUUAAAUAUUCCAAACAUCCGGAAAAAAUACAUUCUGGACAUUGCGGAGAUGGGAUAGUCAACCAACAUACUGUUUGUCCUUCUCUCUGGGGUCAAACGAAUAAAGCAAAGGGCCCUCCAGAUAAGCAAAAUGCAUGCAAGUAGUGACAAAUAGGAUCCGUCGUAAACAAACAAUCCGCACGAUGGCUAUAGUAAUAUAUUCAAUAAUGCUUUACAAGGGAUAUAAAAAAAACCCAAAUGACACACCAAACGACUGCCUUUGUUUUGUCGGGAAACAAUAUAUACUGGUAUUUAUAAUGGAGUUGUGGAAGGACAGGGUCAAAAGGGAUCCCAAAGGUCAUCUAGUCCAACCUCAGAACGAAUCCACAAUCCUGCAACUUCCAACUACACCAGGGGUCCUUAAACUUUUUAAACCAGCGGUUCUCAACCUGGGGGUCGUGACCCCCAGAGGGGUCGUUGGGCCAUUUUCGGGGGGUUGUUGGCUCCGCCCCCUCCAAAAUGGCUGCCGACCCCCUGUGCCAGACAAAAAGCUAGCACUCCGCCCAGCUCCCGCACCUUUCCCAGCUCGGAAGGGCAUGGGGCCCAGGCGGAGGGCUGCCCAAAUUGCAAGGUCGUGCGGGCAGCCUUUCUGCCCAGCCCUUGCUAUUUAUGCUGGAGAUCAGAAUGCUCCUUGGUGGCAGGGGAGCUAUACAUCCCAGUAGCUCCCAAAUGCCAAGGUCUAUUUUCCCCAAACCUCUCCAGUAUUUUCUAUUGGUAAUGGGAGUUCGG